AUGCCGAAACCACUCCUGCGGAUUCCGUACACGGACAUCCUCGCAGCGCCAACCAUCGCACCCCCCUCCGCCGCCUCCAUCCCCGGCGCCGUCGCCGCCCUCACACGGUUCCUGGCCACGCCGGCCCCCCACCACCUCGCCUCCUCCAAGACCCUCAUCCUCACCGGCGCCGGCCUCUCCGUCGCCUCCGGCCUGCCCGACUAUCGCGGCGUCCACGGCACCUACCGCGUCAACAAGAGCUACCGGCCCAUCUUCUACCACGAGUUCCUCGCCGGCCACGAAUCCCGCAAGCGCUACUGGGCGCGCAGCUUCCUCGGCUGGUCGGCCACGCACAACGCCGCCCCCAACGUCGCACACUAUGCGGUGCGCGACAUGGGCGCGCUCGGCCUGCUGAGCGGCGUCGUGACGCAGAAUGUCGACUCGUUCCAUCCCCGGGCGCACCCGCACAUGCCGACCGUGGAGCUCCACGGCUACCUGCGCACCGUCGUCUGCACCAGCUGCCGGUCGGAGCUCGACCGCAACGAGUUUCAGCGAGAGCUGGCGCGCUUGAACCCGCGCUGGAAGGCGUUUAUGGAGGAGGCGCUGCGGACGGGGGCGCUGAGCUCCGAGGACCCCGCGCAGCGCGCCCGCUCCGGCAUCAAGACGAACCCGGACGGCGACGUUGACCUGCCAGACGCACCCUACACGACGUUUCGAUACCCGCCCUGUCCAAAGUGCUUGGAGAACCCGCAGGUGGGCCGCGACGCGCACCGCGAGAUUGUCGAGACGGACAAGGACGGCGCGUGGGCGGCUCUGAGCACCGGUGGCAUCCUCAAGCCCAACGUCGUCAUGUUUGGCGAGAGCAUUGCAACCUCUGUCAAGGACGCGGCCGAAGCGGCUGUCAAUGCCUCGGCGCGGCUGCUCAUCAUGGGCACCUCGCUCGCCACGUACUCGGCAUGGCGCCUGGCGCGGCAGGCCAAGGCGCGCGGCAUGCCCAUUGCCAUUAUCAACGCUGGCGGCGUCCGCGGUGAGGAUCAGUUCUUUGCGGAUCUCGACCCCAGCCAGCGCGGCGAGCUGGGCGUGCGCACGGAGUGCAUGACCAAUGAGAUUCUGCCUGCUCUCGUGGAGGAGCUGCGCAAAGAUGCCGCUGGGCAACAUCAUGAGAUUGCGCCAGUGGUACAAAGACAAAACUCCAAUAUAUUCAAGGAUAUGCUUUCAUAA